AUGAAGGAGGUGCUGUUGGGUGGGGGAGAUAAGAGUGAGAGGAAGAGAGGGAAGGUGGUUUGGGAAGGGUUGAUGAUGAUGGGUUUCAAGGGGGAGAGUAACAACAAGCUGAGGAAUUCGAUGGUGGUGUCGUCGUCUUCGGGGAGGUCGUCGAGGAUGAAACUUUGGAUGAUACGCGCGACCACAUCGGUGUUGCUGUGGACCUGCGUCGUUCAGUUAACGGCGUUGGGUGAUAUGUGGGGGCCGAGAGUUUUGAAAGGGUGGCCUUCGUGUUUCACGCACGAAUCCGCGCUCACUGAGUUGCCGUCUGCCACCCCCGUAGUGCUCCCACCCAAGAGGGUGUAUAAGAACAACGGUUACUUGAUGGUGUCGUGCAAUGGAGGACUGAACCAAAUGAGAGCAGCGAUAUGUGACAUGGUGGCGAUUGCAAGGUAUUUAAACGUGACACUUAUAGUGCCUGAAUUGGAUAAAACGUCCUUUUGGGCUGACCCCAGUGAGUUCCAAGACAUCUUUGAUGUGGAUCAUUUUAUUACAUCCUUGAGGGAUGAGGUGAGGAUAUUGAAAGAGUUGCCUCCUAGACUGAAGACGAGAGUGGAAAAUGGGUUACUUUACACCAUGCCACCGAUUAGUUGGUCUGAUAUAUCAUACUACAAGAAUCAGAUUCUGCCUUUGAUACAAAAGUACAAAGUUGUCCAUUUAAAUCGAACAGAUGCCCGGCUGGCCAAUAACGAACAACCUUUGGAGAUUCAGAGGUUGCGUUGCAGAGUCAAUUUUAGUGCUCUUAGAUUUACUUCUCAGAUUGAGGAGUUAGGCAGAAGGGUGAUCAAGCUUCUGAGGCAAAAUGGCCCAUUUCUGGUGCUUCAUCUGAGGUAUGAGAUGGACAUGCUGGCAUUUUCAGGCUGUACACAAGGUUGCAACGGUGAUGAGGUGGAAGAGUUGACAAGGAUGAGAUAUGCUUAUCCUUGGUGGAAAGAAAAAAUAAUUAAUUCUGAUUUGAAAAGAAAAGAUGGUUUGUGUCCGUUAACACCUGAGGAGACUUCCCUUACGCUUAGGGCGCUUGACAUCGAUCAAAACAUUCAAAUCUACAUUGCUGCUGGAGAAAUAUAUGGUGGGAACAGGAGAAUGGCAAGCCUUGCGAAGAACUAUCCAAGAUUGGUCAGAAAGGAAACACUAUUGGAACCAUCGGACCUUCAGUUCUUCCAAAAUCAUUCCUCUCAGAUGGCAGCAUUGGAUUACCUUGUCUCACUCGAGAGUGAUAUUUUUGUUCCUACAUAUGAUGGAAAUAUGGCCAAAGUAGUUGAGGGCCAUCGCAGAUAUCUUGGGUUCAAGAAGACGAUUUUAUUGAACAGAAAGCUCCUAGUUGAUUUGAUAGAUCAAUACCAUAACGGAGAAUUGAACUGGGAUGAAUUCUCUUCAGCUGUGAAGGAAGCUCAUGCUGAUCGCAUGGGUAGCGCAACUAAAAGAUUGGUAAUCCCUGACAGGCCCAAAGAAGAGGACUAUUUCUAUGCCAAUCCAGAGGAAUGUUUAGAACAUUCAGAUGAUAUGUUGAGUAGUACGUGA